ACCCCUUAUAGUUCUACCAUUCGGCCCCCAAAGAGCGGGCUUUUCUCGCACAGAAAAACUGCUCGGAAAAUGGUUGGUUCGUUUGUUUUCGUUCGUCUGUUGCGUCGGUUGUGGGCUUGUGUCGCACGGAAAACUGCGCGGAAAUUCGAGCAUUUGUUUUCGCCUCGUACUAGAUGCUGGCUGCAGCAGCAACAACAGCAGCGUCAGCAGCAGCGUCAGCAGCAGCGCCAGGAGAAAUUAAGCAAGCGGAGGCCCACGCGCCACGGCCACGGCAAAAACCUUAACUAAUCAGCCCCGGACGCUCAUUUGAGCCAUCAAUGGCAGCCACUUUUUGGCCAUUUUGCGGCAUAAGCGGAAACGGAAAUGUGCGUUGAUUGUUUAGAAGCGUCACAGGAAUGCCAUGCCAUGUUGCUUUAAGGGUGCUUGAGCUUCUUCGGGACGACCCCAAAUAAACAAUCAUCACAUAAAUAUAUAAUCAACAAGCGUCCACGUUCACGUUCACGUAAGUGGAGGAGGAGCAGCAGCCACAGAGGGGGCACCAGCUGGCGUAACAGCAGACACUGGCAGGCGGAGCAACAGCAGGACAAAGAGGACUCCUUGGCUGGCAGCCAAGAGCAGCAGACAGCAGGCAGCACACCAUGUAAACCUCUCUGGGGGCCAGAGGGAGACAGUCGAUGUGAAGCGAUGUGAAAGCUAAACAUUUUGCAAUAUUUAAGAACAGCCCGACGAAGAGACCUGUUGCUCAUCCCGAGCCCCAGUCCCAGUCCGAGUCCGAGUCCAACUCCCGACAGCCGACACCCAACACCGACACCAGACACCCGCACCAGAGGACCACCAGCCAGAACAGGUGUCGGUGUCGAGAUGGCCAUCCACGUGCUGGACUAUGAUCACUUUGCCAUCAGCGCCAUUGUUGUGGGCAGCCUGCAGUUGUUCUUCUUUCUCAUCAACUCCAUGCUGCACAUGGACAAGCUGACGGACUUUGCGGGCGGCGUCAACUUCAUUAUCAUCUCGCUGCUGACCUUCUUUCUGGGCCAAAUUGAUCGGCCUUCAAAGGCCUACGACAGCCGCCAGCUGAUGGUCACGCUCUUUGUGUGCCUGUGGGGCGCACGGCUGUCCGGAUAUUUGCUGUAUCGCAUCAUCAAGCUGGGCCGAGACAAGCAGUUCGAGGAUACCCGACGCAACGUCAUUCGCUAUGCGGUCUUCUGGACCUUCCAGGCCGUUUGGGUGUACAUCGUGUCACUGCCUGUGAUCAUCAUCAACUCGCCGCGCCACUCGCAGCCGCAGGCACCCAAGACCAUGACCACCUUGGACUCCACCGGCACGGGCAUGUUCAUUGUGGGACUGCUGGCCGAGACCUAUGCGGAUCUGCAAAAGUUCUCGUUCCGCCAGGACCCGGCCAAUCAGGGAAAGUUCUGCAACGACGGGUUGUGGAGCGUUUCCCGUCAUCCGAAUUACUUUGGGGAGGUCAUCAUCUGGUGGGGCAUCUUCGCCAUCUCCCUGAAUGUGAUCAGCGGACACGAGUGGGUGGCCAUUGCCUCGCCCAUCUUCACCACGCUGAUCAUCCUCUUCCUGUCCGGCAUUCCGCUGCGCGAACGGAGCGCCGACGAGAAGUACAAAGACCAGCUGGAGUAUCGCAAGUACAAGGCCUCCACCUCGCCACUGAUCCCCGUGCCGCCGGCUGUGUACGAGGAGGUGCCCAGUGCUUUGAAGUUCAUCCUGUGCUGCGAGUUCCCCAUCUACGACUCGAUGAGCAUUCAGAAGGACCUCAGCCCCUACUCGCUGUCCAUCGCCCGCUCCCACUCGCACAUAUAGCAGUCAGUGGCCCACUCCAGCAGCACGCAGGCUGGGGUGGGCCAGGUGCACACCCAUUCGGUGGCCCACUCGCUCCACAGGGGCCAGUGCUACGGCGCCAAUGGGGGCGACGCCGAGAGCCACCACAAUUGCGGUGGCAGCUGCCGCAAUGUGCACGUCAAGUCCAAUCCGUACCAGUGCGAGGCGGGCUACGGCCACUAUCCGGUGAAGCACACCGAUGACGAGGACACGGACGAUGGCAUCAUCUACAUGGCUGGACACGGACCCGCACACGGACCCGUACACGGACACGGACACGGACACGGUCCCGGACCGUGCUGCUCCAAGGCAAAGACGCACUGCCUCCACGAGCAGGAGCACCAGAACCAGAACCAUAACCAAAACCAGAACCAGAAACAUACGAAGCCAACGAAAUGCAGCUACCUGGCCGAGGAGGAGCUCGCCUCCGACUACGAUGAGGAUGUGCCGGCCAUCGACCUGAGCAAGGCGACCAGCGUGGAGAGUUUCGGCACCCGGGUGCAGACCGAGCGCUCUCUGAAUGCCGAUGGCCUGCCCGUGACCGUGACCACGAUUUUGUGAUUGCUGUGAACUAUAAGAUUAUCAUUUGUCCAAGAGAUAUCCCAAUUUUCCUGUUACAUAUUGUAAAUAGACGGAGCGCAGCUCGUGCCAUUGUGCACAUUGUCGACUCCGUAAAAGUGAUUUUGAAAAGUGAAUUGCGCCAUGCAAAGGGUGCCAAAGUGCCGGACAGUGAAGACGGCCGGGGAACACAAGGAUACCUUCAGCCACACACAGCUGUCUGGUCUAGCACUCUCUAGUCUCUAUGCUGCAGCUGCUCAAAUAACUAAUGUGCCUCUUCUCUUAUCGUGCUCGUACAUGCGAGUGCCUUACCCCGUAGAUUGUUGCACUCCUUCAAAGUUUAUGCUACUAUGUACCACCUACUACUAGUCUUUGUUGAACUCUUGCCAGAUAGAUAGCCAGUCCCCUGCGAAAGCCCUUUCCGAACUGUGGAUAGCACAACCAGAUCCUAUACUAUAUAUCAUAGCUGCAUAUUUUCUUAUCGAACCGCAACUCUCGCCCCGCCCCACCAAAAUAAAACGAAACUGGAAACCAACCAACCAAC